CGUUUAGGAGCCAGUGAGAACCCUUUUAUCACUUUGCUUCGUCUUCAACUCCCGACUUAAAACCUCACCGUCUUUUCGUCACUGAUUUCCAGCUCUCUCUCUCUCUUUCUCCGGCGAAGCCAUGCUGCGAAGGUCGCUUCUCCAAAUUUCGUCGCGUCGCACCGUUCGGAGGAUCCAAACUCCGCACAUUCCUAGGUAUUUGAAGAAGGAUUUCUCCAUCGCGGCUCAGAAUAAUCCGCCGGCGGCUCCGGGAGGCGGUCCGAAGAAGUCCGGCGGGUCGAAGGCUGUUGUGUUAGGUCUUGCUAUUUGCGGAGGGGCGGGAUUAGCUUACUAUUUCGAUCCUGACCGGAAUAGGAAGGUGGCUCCGGAGCCGGAAGUUGUGGUGAGUGUGAAGGAGGAUGUUCAGGCGGAGGAGACCGUGCCGCGUGUGGAGGAGGAGAGUAGCAAAGUGAGGUUUGGUUCUGCUGAGGUUACUGAGGAGAAGAGUGAGGUGCAUUUGGAGGAGGAUGUUGUAAAAUUAGAAGGUUUGGGUGGGAGUGGAGGUGAGGGCGAGGGCGAGGGCGAGGCGAAGGUGGAAGAUCAAGGUGUGGUCAGUGGUGGUGCUGAAGAGAAGGAUUUGGGGGACGUUUUGGGAAAUGUGAGUGUUGGAAUGUCGUCGGAAGACAAUGUAGGUGAUAAAAGUGGUGAGGAAGACCGCGUUGAGGUGAAGAAAGAGGAGGUGGAAACUGUGUCGGUGGUUUCCGUGACUGAUAAGCAAGAUGAUUUGGUUGAAGCGUUGGCAUCUCAGCCGGACGACAAGGCACAGGAUCCAAUAGCUAAUGUUGAAGAACCACCAAGUUCUUUACUCAGUGCAUAUAAUCUGAAGGACGACGCUGAUGGAGACAGUGAGACUAAUACUAGUACACAGGGAAUUAAUGAGUACAACACGCUUUCUAAAGAAAAAGAGGCUUUUGUUAAUGCUAUUGAAGGGUUGGAUGAUGCAAACAUAUCCAAAGAUGGAAAGAUAGUUCUUGACUUCUUGGAAGCAAUUCAUGCUGCUGAGAAAAGGCAAGCUGAGUUAGAUAAUCGUGUUUAUUCUGAAGAAAAGAGAGCACUAAAGGAGAAGUAUGAAAGAAAACUGAAGGAUGCUGGCAUUAGGGAAAUGAUGCUUGCAGAAGAGGCAGCAAUGCUGGAAAAGGAAUUAAAGCGAGAAAGAGCAAAAGCUGUUGCUGCACUCAAGUCACUUCAGGAAAAACUUGAAGAGAAAUAUAAGACGGAACUUGAGCAGAAGGAAAAUGAAGCAGAACUGAAGGUGAAAAUUGUUGAGGACUUGGCCAAAGCUGAACUGGCUGCCAAAAUUGCAAGUGAGAAGGCAUCCCAGAUUGAGAAAAUGACAGAAGCAAAUCUUCAUAUAAAUGCCUUAUGUGUUGCAUUCUAUGCAAGAUCUGAAGAAGCUCGUCAGACUCACUCUGCUCACAAGCUAGCAUUGGGUGCACUUGCAUUGGAAGAUGCACUUUCCAAAGGGUUACCAAUCCAGACAGAAAUAGAGGCUUUGAGCACUUAUCUUGACGUCAUAGAUAAAAAUUCAAUAGUGGAUUUGGUCCUUUCAUCACUGCCUGAGGAAACACUAAAGAGUGGCACAGAUACCAUAUUGCAAUUAAAUCAGAAGUUUGAUGCCUUAAAAGGGCCAGUACGACACUACAGCCUACUCCCUCCCGGUGGUGGUGGCAUUUUGGCUCACUCUUUAGCAGGGAUAGCAUCCUGGUUAAAGGUGAAGGAAGUAGAUCAAUCUGGGGAUGGGAUUGAAUCCGUCAUCAAUAAAGUGGAGUGCUACCUGGCUGGAGGAAAAUUAGCCGAAGCAGCAGAGGCACUAGAAGAAGGUGUCAAGGGCACCCAAGCAGCAGAAAUUGUGGGUGAUUGGGUGAAACGCGUUAGAAAUAGGGCUAUCACCGAGCAAGCUCUAUCAGUUCUCGAAUCAUAUGCCACAUGCAUUAGCGUUACAUAAAGUCCCCCCAUUUUUUUUAGUACAAGUGAAUACUGAGUCUGCACAAUGUAUCGGGAGUAAUGAUCUGAGUUUAUCAGGGGUUACACUAAAUUUUUUUUUUGACAUAGCACAGUGAUUUAGGUGUCAUCAAAGCAAACAGAUCAUCUUGUUAAAUAUUUAUAAUGUUACCGCAAUGAGGGAAAAUGUACCUCCUUUCUGUUUAAAAUGCCUGUGAACGA